AUGAGGUCUGCCACCUACGCCGUCGCCUCGGUCCUGGCCGCUGCUGCCCCAGCAUGCGCCGCCGAGAACUACACCUGGGCCAACCAGCCCUCCGAGCUCCAGUUCUACGGCCAGAGCCCGCCGGUGUACCCAUCCCCUCAGGGAACUGGCAACACUUCCACGGCCUGGGCCACGGCCUACGAAAAGGCACGUGCUCUUGUUGCGCAGUUGACGCUGGACGAGAAGUCCAACCUCACUCGCGGCUACACUGGAAACUGCGUCGGCAACACCGGUGCAAUUCCCCGCCUAGGCAUCGAGCCUAUCUGCUUCGCCGAUGCCCCUGACGGCAUUCGCGGAACCGACUUCGUCUCUGCUUUCCCUUCGCAACUGCAUCUUGCCGCCACCUGGGACAGGGACCUCAUGUAUGCUUACGGCAAGGCUAUUGGCCAAGAGUACCAUGACAAGGGCAUCAAUGUUGCCCUUGGUCCGGUUGCCGGUCCCCUUGGAAGAAUUGCCAGGGGCGGCCGUAACUGGGAGGGCCUCAGCAACGACCCCUACCUAGCUGGCAUCGGCAUGCAUCAGGUCACCAAAGCCAUGCAGGAUGCCGGCGUCAUUGCCGUUGCAAAGCAUUUUCUGCUGAAUGAGCAAGAGUACCGCCGUAUGCCAAACCAAUCUCACACCAUGCCAUCCAACGGCAACUCUGCUGCAGAGCCUGAGGGACAUGCCAUCUCCUCCAAUGUGGAUGACAAGACUUUGCACGAGCUCUAUGCCUGGCCUUUCUAUGAUGCUUUGAAGGCUGGUGCUGCAUCUAUCAUGUGCUCCUAUCAGCGCGCGAAUAACUCGUACGCCUGCCAAAACUCCAAGCUGCUGAAUGGAAUCCUCAAGACCGAGAUGGGCUUCGAGGGUUUCGUGGUCAGCGACUGGCAAGCCCAGCAUACUGGAAUUGCGUCGGCAAAUGCUGGUCUUGAUGUGGUCAUGCCUGACGGAGGCUACUGGGGCGCAAACCUUACCGAGGCUGUCAACAACGGUUCCGUCACUGCCGACCGUCUGGAGGACAUGGCCACCCGUGUCCUGGCUGCUUGGUAUCUUCUUGGUCAGGAUGAGGACUUCCCUGAAGUUGGCGUCUACCCCGACACCGUUCAGCAUCCGAUUGUCGAUGUUCGUGGCGAGCACGACAAGGUCAUUCGUGAGGUCGGGACUGCAGGCCAUAUUCUCGUCAAGAACGUGAACAACACUCUGCCGCUCGAGAGUCCCAAAUUUGUUGCCAUCUACGGUUAUGACGCCGAGGUCAAGGCUGUGCCGUGGGAGAACGUCGCUCGCUACGGUGGCGGCUACGAGGUAAAUUACGGUUGGAACACGUUCAACGGCACUCUCAUCACUGGUGGUGGCUCUGGCGGCGCUUCCCCGCCAUACGUGAUUUCCCCUUUCAAGGCCAUUCAGGAUCGCGUCAUCCAGGAUCAUGGGAUGCUGCGCUGGAACUUUUGGGAUGUCAACCCUCAUGUCUCUGCAACUGCCCAGGUAUGCCUCGUGUUUAUCAACGCCUACGCCUCCGAGUCCUUCGACCGCCCGUCUCUCACGGAUGAGUUCAGCGACAAUCUCGUUAACAACGUGGCUACGAACUGUUCAAACACGGUUGUCAUUGUUCAUUCUGCCGGCGUUCGCGUUGUGGAUUCCUGGAUCGAACAUGAGAACGUCACGGCUGUCGUUUUUGCCGGCCUCCCUGGCCAGGAGAGCGGCCACAGCCUUGUCGAUAUCCUCUAUGGGAACGUUAGCCCGAGCGGCAAGCUCACUUACACUGUCGCGAAGAAGGAAGAGGAUUACGGCCAUCUCCUGAACCACACCGUGGACGAGAGCUGGUUCCCGCAGUCGGACUUUACCGAAGGUGUCUAUAUUGACUACAGGGCUUUCGACAAGGACGGGAUCGAGCCGCGGUUCGAGUUUGGCUUUGGUCUUUCCUACUCGGACUUUGAGUACUCCAAUGUCGAGGUCAACGCUCUUGACGGCAACACGGAUGCUUUCCCGCCCGAGGCUGCCGUCGUCCAGGGAGGUCACCCUGCUCUCUGGGACGUUCUAUUCAACGUCACCGCCGAAGUCGAGAACAUCGGAAAUUUCACUGCGCACGAGGUCGUGCAGCUGUACGUCGGCAUCCCGAAUAGCCCCGUGCGUCAGCUCCGUGGCUUCGACCGUGUGGCGACGGAGCCCGGCCAGAAGGUCACGGUAACCUUCCCGCUGACGCGCAGGGAUCUCAGCGUUUGGAGCGUCCAGGCUCAACAGUGGGAGCUGCAGUCUGGCGAGUACCCCGUCUGGGUGGGGGCUAGCAGUAGGGAUCUGAGGCUGAAUGCCACUCUGACGAUCUAG